CGUGCUGUGCACAGGCACACCGACACAUAACUCGCUCUAAACUGCUUCAAUAUUAUCUUUAGAAUUUCUAAUGGAUUUCGUACACGAAUCUGUAGCCCUUGGCGUCGAUUUACUCAUCCUCGGCCUCUGUGUACGCGAAUAUGUGAACUACAAGACCACCGCGAAAGUUUUGAGGGAGGCGCCACAGUACAAUAUUGAUGGUGAUCUCAAGAACAUUGUAUCCCGGCAGCAGGAUAAGAAGAUACCGUAUGCCGUAAUACGCGGCACAGUCACGCCCAUUGGCGUCCCAUUGCGCAGCUCGUUUGUGCCCAGCGUGAGCGGGGUGCUCCAGAUUGUGAAACUCCAUGAGCAUCGCGUGAUGCGCGCAUUUGCCGGCUUCUGGGCCGAGCAGCGUAAAAUGUUGCACGAGAGUAUCAACGAGAUGCCCUUUGAGCUGACCAAUCAGCAGCAUGGCGUGGAAAUUAUAGAUGCGAUGAGUGCCGCUGUGCUGGAUGUGGACGUUGUCUACGAUAACUAUGAAUCCACAUCGCUGUCGUUCUUCGAUCACAUAUUUGGCUUCUUUACGGGAGUGCGGCAGAAGGGCCUGCAGACAACGGAACAAGUGCUGCGCGAUGGUAGCUUCUUGACGGCCAUUGGAGAGCUGGAAAUGGACGGACAAACGCUGCGCAUGCAGCCAUCUAAACAAGGACCACUGUUCCUUACCACCGCCACAAAAUCGACGCUUAUUAAACGCUUUGAGGAUGCCAAGUCCUCUAUGCUCUUCAAAAUUGUGCUGUGCAGCAGCAUUUCCAUGGUGCUGGUUGGCCUGAUCGUACGCAAAAUGUAUCGCAAAAAGAAACAAGAACGCGAAGAAGCUAAGAUCCGUAAGCGCCUAGAGCUGGAGCGCCGGGAACGUCGUGCACGCAAUAGGCCACACACCCUGACGCAAGACCAGCUAUGUGUUGUGUGCUCCACCAAUCCCAAAGAGAUCAUCUUAUUGCCCUGCGGGCAUGUUUGCCUGUGUGAGGAUUGUGCCCAAAAAAUUGACAUUACCUGCCCUGUUUGCCGCAGCAAAAUUGACUCCAAGGCGGCUGCUUUUAUUGCCUAGUUGUGGAUCUCAG